AUGGAGGCUUCCAAGGUGAAGUGCCACAAUGAACCCAAGUUUAAUCGAGAUUUUUGUCCUGGAAUCCAGGACAAAACUCAUGGGGUAUGGCACCGGGUGCACAAGAUCCAGGUUGGCAUGAAAUUGAACCAGUAUCUCGGUGUGUGA